GACGGACUUUACUUUUGCCUGCUUACUUCCUUUAAACCAAGAUGACGCGAAAUAUCGUUGAUGCUACGGCGCGUAAUCAUCGAUCGACUAUGGGUAGCUUGUAGACGUACGUUUCGUUCUUCUGUUCCUAAAUCCAUUGUACGUUGCCAAGUUUUUUUCACACAGAUAACCUCUUCCGCCUUUCGAGAUACGUUGGAAUAAUCGUCGUUGCUAUUUCGCUGCAUCGCAUUCGCUAAAAAUGUCUUGGUUAUUCGGAAAGAAGAAACGACAUAAGGACUCGCCUCCCGAUUCGACGGAAGAAGAACAGUCAUCGAGUCAAAGCGACGGAUUCGAUAUCAUUUCAAUGCCCCCAGCAAUGCCAAUGGAUACAAGCCACAACACCGCGGCUACUCAUUCUAGUAGUAAUUUAUAUCCGUACGUUCCUCCUGUUCCAAAUUUUGGCCAAGGUUUACCGCCCGAAUUGCACAAAGACUAUAAUCAAGGAGAGAACGCACCGCACUAUCUGAACGGAGUUCCAUUUAAACUGUGCAAACGUCUGGAGAUUAACGCGAGCAACGAUUUCGAGAUAGACAACCUUAGAAUUAGCGAGAUUUUGUCUUUUAUAGAGAGAAUAGAAAAUCGAAAUUACGAUUAUAGUUUCUCGUUGGAAGAAAGCAUCAUGGCAGAAAUGAGCAGUAGAAGCGACGAAUGAUUUCCUUUCCAACGUGCAAUGUCCACGAGAUCGUCUAAAUCACCAUUACUCGUUACUUUGAUUAAUGCGUUCGUAAUUAAACAUGUACUUUCUACUCGUGGUUUAACGAAGGAAAGGAAAACAAGGAAAAGGAACUAAACCAAAUUACCUUCACCCACGCUCGAUAAUGCACGAGCACAAAUUUAUUCGAUAAAGAAAAUACGCGAUCAAGUUUUUGUACGCGCGUUUGUAACAUAGCACUUAUCCAUAAUUUUAAGUAUACUCUAUAUUAUAUGUUUGUACAUUUGUAUCGGAUGUAUAAUUUUAAUGUGUUAAUAAGUGCUUUUAAUAAAUAUUAAGCAUCACCAGA